AUGUCUCGAAUACUAGCUUUGCCCUUCCAGGCUUGGGCCAGCACGUCCUCCAUGAUGCGGAGUGUCGUGGAGGCUUCGAAUGCGGACGACACUGCCAGGCGAGGGGACAAAUGGCGAACGCAGAAGCAAGAAGAGCUGGGGUAUGUCGGCAUCACAAGUGCCCUCAUAGCAGGAACUGUCUCAGCAUCUUUCUCUUGGAGCAAUGUCGAACGAGCACCUACACACAACACGCUUCAGAAGAUUGCUUUCCUGGGAAAUGGUCCCUCGAGGCUUCGGCAACUUCUCCAGCGAGUUAUCAGCAAGUCGGAAUCACCCUCUGCGGACCCUAUUCAGCAUUUCAUUUGGCAGACGCCCAUCAUGCUCUUGAAUAUUGGUAUCUUUCUGUACGUCGUCGGGCUCCUAGGGUUGGUAUUCAGUCAACCUCUCAUUGGUGAUUCUGGAAGUCAGAGUGGAGUUGCAGUCAAAGUCGUCUUCGCAGUAGCUGCUGCUUUCACAAUAGGCUGCUACCUCGUUGCUUGGCUUGGUGUAUCCCGUAAACUACAGUCAUUCGAGACAGAGGUACAACCAACCAACGGUAGAGUCUGA